UUUGCAAUGAGCAGCAAAACUCCACAGGAGCUGCGGCACCAGCACUAGGGAGACAUCCAGCCCUGCCUGCGAGAGCAGCCCUUCUGCAGACAGGCAUUUAUAUUAUUUUCUACACAUGCAUAUAUGUAAAUUUUUUUAUUCACGGGGCUGCAUUUGCUGUUCCUUUUUUAUUUAAUUUUUUUUCUUUUUAGCCUUUUCACAAAAGCCCCAAACCUCGCGUGUGACAAGCCUGAGAUUUCCCUAAAAUAAAAUAACUGCACAGUGGGGCUGGGUGGCUUCCCCUUCCCCCGUUGGAAAAUAAAGAGGAAAGGGGGAGCAAAUAGGUAAAAUCCAGAAUAAAAUCAUAUUGCUCGAAAACUCACACGUCCUCCCUCUCUCUCUCUCUCUCACACACACACGCACACACACACACACACACACACACACGCUCUUUCUCCUCCUCCUCCUCUCUGAAGGUGGGUAGCAGGAGCCAUGCAACAUCUGCAGAACCGGAUGGCAAAAGAGCAGGAGGAAAAAUAAUCCAAGUGGAGUGCUCAGGGGACACUGAGUUGGGUUUUUUUCUUUUUCCUUUUUUUUUUUUUUAAAUUUUUUCCUUCUUCUUCUUCUGCCGCGUACCUGUGAGAUUCGAUUUCACAUUUUGCUGAGCCCAUUUUGGGGCAUUUUAUUUUUCUUUCUCUUGGGAUUUUCUCCAUUGCCAGAGGAUGUCUCUUGUUGAGAGGAUGCUGACAGAAAGAAGAAACGAAUUCUUUGACUGGCACUGAAGGAGCGGGGGGGUAUUUUUCCCCCUCAUUUUUUAAUUUUUUGUCAUUAUUCUUUUUCUCUAGGAAAUCAUUAACUGGGGGGGGGGUUGGUUUCUUUUUUCCCUCCCCCCCUUUUUUUGGAGGGGGAUUUCAGAAGAUCCAUCUUUCUUUCCCCUCCCCUCCAAAGAUUUUUUUUUUCAUCCUUCGUCUUUGUGGAAAUGUGGACAUUUCAGGCAGACAGAUUGAGUGGAAUUGUCUCUGCUUUAGCAGCUCUUUGUCUCGCCUGCUGUGCGCAAAGCCCCUCCACUGGAAAUAUUUCUGUGGUGAAAGAGAUUGUGGACAAACUGCUCAAGGGCUAUGACGUCCGCCUCAGGCCCGACUUCGGAGGUAACCCUGUCACAGUGGGAAUGAGCAUCCACAUCUCCAGCAUUGACCAGAUCUCUGAAGUCAACAUGGAUUACACCAUCACCAUGUACUUCCAGCAGAGCUGGCGGGACAAACGCCUGGCCUACAACGACCUUCCUCUCAACCUGACCCUGGACAACCGGGUGGCUGACCAGCUGUGGCUGCCUGACACCUACUUCCUGAACGACAAGAAGUCCUUUCUGCACGGGGUGACGGUGAAGAACCGCAUGAUCCGCCUCCAUCCUGACGGGACCGUCCUCUACGGCCUCAGGAUCACCACCACGGCUGCCUGCAUGAUGGACCUGCGGAGGUACCCGCUGGACCAGCAGAACUGCACGCUGGAGAUCGAGAGCUAUGGUUACACAGUGGAUGACAUUGUCUUCUUCUGGCAAGGGAAUGACUCUGCUGUCACGGGCAUGGAGGUGCUGGAGCUGCCCCAGUUCACCAUCAUCGAGCAGAGGCUGGUCAGCAGGGAAGUGGUCUUCACCACUGGUUCGUAUCUGCGCUUAUCCCUGAGUUUCAGGAUUAAGAGGAACAUUGGUUACUUCAUCCUGCAGACCUACAUGCCAUCCAUCCUCAUCACCAUCCUGUCCUGGGUCUCCUUCUGGAUCAACUAUGAUGCUUCUGCUGCACGAGUGGCACUGGGGGUCACCACGGUGCUUACCAUGACAACCAUCAACACCCACCUGCGGGAGACUCUCCCCAAGAUCCCCUACGUCAAGGCUAUUGAUGUUUAUCUCAUGGGCUGCUUCGUCUUCGUGUUCCUGGCCCUGCUGGAAUAUGCUUUUGUCAACUACAUAUUCUUCGGGCGAGGGCCGCGGCAGCAGAAGAAGCAGAGCGAGCGCGUCAGCAAGGCCAACAACGAGCGCCACCGCUACGAGGAGAAGAGGGUGAGAGAGCAGGUUGACCCUUACGGUAACAUCCUCCUCAGCACGCUGGACAUGAACAACGAGCUGCUGGCCACGGACAUGAUGAGCAGCGUGGGCGACUCUCGAAACUCUGUCAUGUCCUUCGAAGGCUCAGGAAUCCAGUUCCGCAAGCCGCUGGCCUCUCGGGAUGGCUUUGGCCACCACCCGACCCUGGACCGCCACGUCCCGCUGACCCACCACGCCGCCGCCCGCAACCGCGCCAACUGCCGCCUGCGCCGGCGGUCGUCCAAGCUGAAGCUCAAAAUCCCAGACCUGACAGACGUCAGCACCAUUGACAAGUGGUCACGGAUCAUUUUUCCAAUCACUUUUGGAUUCUUCAACCUUGUUUACUGGUUGUACUAUGUAAAUUGAUGCCUGCGGCCUCCGAGAGAGAUAAUAGGGACAGACACUCAGACAAUGACAACACAGGAGUGUUGUGGUCUUUUGGGUUUGGGUUUUACUCUUUACUAUCAUUGUCAUUUAUUCCUAUGGUUCAUUAGAUUUAUUCUAAGCUUACUCUUCUCUUUUCAGCACAUGUAGAACCACGGAGUGUGGGGUGGGGUAAAGGGAGAGAAAGGUAUGGGAGGGGGUUUGGUUUCAGGGAGGGAUGUGUUUGUCUUGAUUUUGGUUUCCUGCUGAAGGACUUACACCAUUGUAAAAAAAAAAAACAAAAACAAAAACAAACCAACAAAAACAACAAAAACCAAAAAAAAAGAAAGAAAGAAAAAAGAAAAAAAGACAGAAAAAAAGAAAAAAACACAAAAAAAACCCCAAAACCAAGAAAAGUUAAAAAAAAAAAAAAAAAGAGGGGGGAGAUUUAAAGAAAUUGAGUAAAAAACUGGUGGGGGCGAUAGGUUAUCUUUGGCUGUGUUCACUAAUGCUCUAUCCUCACUUCCAUUUCACUACUGAAUUUCAUCUUUCACUUUUCAGUCUUAUUAUAUAUUUUUUAAUCUUUCUUCUGUCACUGCUUUUAACCCCUUCUUUAUUCUUUCAUAGAUUCAUGAGAUGAUGGGGUUUCAUUCUCACGCUAUGAGAUUUUUCUUUUCUUUUUCUCUCUCUCCCUCUCUCUUGCUUACAAGCCUAAAAGAGUCUUUUAAACCAACAAAUAAAAAGAAUAUUUAUUUUGGAAGAGCUGGGAAGGGAAGGGAAGGGAGGGGAAGACGAGGCAAUUAUUUGGGAGGGAAGGGGCAAUGUGGGGUUUAUGGGAGGGGGGAGGAGGGAACUUAUCAAAACCAAGGCACAUUUGCAAGAUGCCUUUUUCCACCUUCAGGAGUUUGCAAGCUGUUUUUCCUGUGUGAAUGUGCGUGUGUGGAGCAUCUGUGUGUGUGUGUGUGUGUGGGCACGUGUGUCCAUGGAUGUGUGUGUGCAAGCAUGUUUUCUGGGGAGGGGGGCUGGGGAGGGGGGUUUUGUAAUAUCUUUUGUAGAAAGAGAACACAGAUGACAUUUAACUGGCAGUGUGUUUGUGGGGGGGGGGGGAAUAGCAGGGGUUUGUUUGCUCAUUGCAGCUUCACCAGGUUGGAGGUCGGGGUCCCAGAUCCAGAGGCAGAGCUGGGGAGGCAGAGUGUGCAAAUUGGCACUUGCUGAGGGAAGAGAGGGAUUUGGGGAUCAGCAAUAGGGCAGUGCUGCUGGUCACUGCUGGCAUCUGAUCUCGAGGAGACUAAGCUGAUUCAGUCCUCAGAGGAGGGGUUGUUCCUAAUUAUCCCCCCACCCUGCAUCUUCCUUACUGAGCCUGGAGAGAAAAGCAAUUGAAAGACUCUAAAAAUUCAACCCUUUCCCCCUCUCCCUGUUCCUUAUGCCAGACAAUGGAUCCACACUCCAGCCCUCUGAGUGACCAUAGCCUGCAUCAAGGCACAGGAAAGGCUGGAUAUCAUUUAACUUCAUUAUGUUGCAGGAUGAAAAAAAUAGGGAAAUGAUAAUGAUCCCCUUUCCUAAGAAGUUCAGGAGUGAAUGGUGGGCUGGCAGCCUCUGAUCUGUGCUGCUUCUACCAGGCUUCACUUUAUGUCUGUUAAGAUGUAGAAAGUGUAGAAAAAUUCACCCUGUGCCCUUCCUUCAGAUGAUGAAGCUGAGGAUGAGGUGGAGUUCCAUGGAGCAUCAUCCUGCUGGAAGAUGAUGGUCUCCAAAAGCUGGGCAGGGGGAAGGUUGCAGUGAAAAUGCUGAGCUUGGUGCUUGUGGAAGCCCCUGAGUCUCCAUCAGCUUCCAGCCACAGGCAUUCCUGAGGAAGGCACAGGAAGGGAACUUGGCCUUGGACAGCAAGGUCAGACUUUUCCAAAGGAGCCAGUGACUUUCAGGAAAAUCACUGAAUUAUUGGCCACUUUGGCAAUCGCUGAUGAUUGAUAAUCUCCCUUACAAUAUUAAUAAAAGCCAUGAAAAUGUUAAAUUCACAAGUGCAAAAUGUUAACCCUAGGGUCAUUCUGCCAUUCCUGGAGUAAUGAUGAGAACCUUGUUCUUACCUGAUAGAGUUUUUUCAUGUCAGACCCACGGACACCCACAUUGCCCUUUAGCCAACCAUCCUUUUAUUUUCCUGCUAGCAUUCUCUUUCCUUUUCCUUGAUUCCCAUUGCUUGGGAGAGCAGAGUGAUCCUCUGAGACCAGGGAAACUCCUGUUUUUCAGAUGACCCUCAUGCACAUCUUUCUUUCACUAAUUUAUGUCUGUACAGUACUAUGAAAAUGUGAAUCACUUCAGGCCUGACCCAGUAACACUGAAGUCAGGGAAAGUUUUGCCUGGACUUGGCUGAAGCAGGAUCAGGCCUCAUCAGAGUAAUUAUUGUUAUUUUUAUAUCAGUAACGUGUCUUAUGCAGAAUCUGAAGCAUAGGAGUAGAGCAUCCCUCCUUCCCCAUGUGUCUGUCCCCCUUUCUCAUGUUCAUGCAUGCACAUGUUUGGGCCAGGCCUCCCUGGACUCACCAAGGUUUUAGCACAAUUGUUCAAUCAGAUUCUCCCCUGCCCUGCAGAACAGUCUCCUGCUGGUUUCCCCAUCCAUGAGCAGUGCUGUUGGGGAUGGGUUUUCCCCAAAAAGCUGCAGUUCAUGGUGUGUAUGGGUCUGUAUAGGAGUAGAGUCUGGAGGAUCAGGUAGUGUCUACCUGAUCUGCAGGAAUUUAAAGCUUGGCCAGUGGAGAAAGUUACACUUCCUAGUGUGAUUGUAUUCAGAAAUAUCUUUUAAAUGCUUUAAUGGAAGUCAUAAAGUUGUGCUUUAUGACAGCAGCAGUAGAAUGUCAGUGGGUAUCAGCAUGGCAUGGCUGCAGCUCCCACAUGGAGACUGCCUAUUAGCAGGUCCAGUUUGCAAAGGGAGCCUAACCAGGUGAUUGAUGAGUCAAUAAAAUAUAUAAAAAUUUACCCUUUAUAUAUGUGAUUGCAAUGUAAAGGGUAGUCAGAAGGAUAAAAUUGGGGAGAAAAAGAGACAGUUAUAAAAAGCCUAUUAGGAUUGGAGGGAAAACAAAUGGCUGUGGGGUAAGAAAUUCUGAAGCUGAGGAGGAUGACUCAGGAACUCCAGGAACCCGACAGUUGUAGUAAAAGCCUGACAAAUGUGUGGCAUGAGUUAGGCACCUGAGAGCUGUCUGAGCUGGCCCCAAAGGCUGGCAGGGCCAGCACACACAGAUGGUGUAAACCCCAGGGAUGCUCUUUGCUUCUCAGGAGCUGAGCCCUGCACGGGGUGGGGUCCUGAGCAACCAGUGCCCUGCAGGUACAGCCUCCAGAAACUGGAGAUCAGGCACAGGGAGGCUGUGUUCAAUAUCUGAGGCUUCAAUCCAGGGUUGAGCCCAGUGACAAUCCAAAAGCUUUCCAGGGAAAAAAAGCUCUGCUUAGCAGAUUUCUUCUCCUGCUGGGAGCCAGACUCCUGUGCUGUGGCCUCAGUUCUCUGUUGGCUGGGCUCUCUUUCUUAUCAGGAGUCAUCCUAGUUUCUCUCUUUGAAUGUUUCUAACUUGGUAUUACCAGGUCAGUGUUACUCACAGAGUCAGUACAUCCCGACUCCUGGACUUUUGGGUCCAACACAAUGAUCUUUGCCAAAGAGUGUGUGGUCAGGACUGGUCACAGUUCCGGAGCUGCCUUACACUUGCUGGUGAUGGGGCAGAGUGCUGGAGAACAACAGAGAGUCCAGGGAGUGGGAUGAGGAAUAGGAAAUGGGAGGGAAGGAUGCUGAAGGCCUUUAGGAAUGCUCUGCUCACAAAGUGAGGUGGCACCUCCGUGUCCCCCCUCCACAGCUGCCUGCCUCCACCCCUAAGGAAGGCAACAAACCCUGUCUUGUUUUAAGGUCCAGCCACCCAGAAAGGACACAGAGAAGGAAAAACAAGGCAUUUUACUGAUACUCAAGGCUCAGAGGUUUCAAGCCAUCACAAGCAUGAGUGUUACCAGAAAGGUGGAGGGGAUUUCCAUGCUGCAUCUGGUGUGCCCACUGUUGCCCUCCUCUUCUUCACAGACGGGAAAGGGCGACAAGAGGGUUUGUGAGUGCUUUUCCAAAGUGCAGCUGCUCUGGCUUUUGCUGCAGUGGUGCAGAAGGCAAUGCUCAGGGCUUGGUUUGUUGGUAGCUUGGGGCAGGACUGCUGCUUGCUGGGUUGUGCUUUUUAGCAUUUGAACCUGAGGGGUGUUCCAGGCUGCCUGAGGGCGUUGGGCUGGGGGAGAAUGUUUUGCACCUUUUCCAUGUGUAACAGCCUAGGGAAGGCAUGUGGAAAAGGAGAAGGAGGAGCAGAAAUAGAAAUGAAAUCUCUCUCAGGACAUACAUGGCCAACACAACUCUAUUGCUUCAUUUUCUGAUACUGUAUAGUGCUGUCACUCAGGGACCUUUAGUGACUGGGACCUUGGGACUGUAACUCUGCCUGUCCCCUUCCUAUCCCCCCUUUGCCUUGAGUGUUGAGAGAUGAAAAGACAAUGAGAGGAAGUGCAGAAGAGGGAAACAAGCCCUGCUAGCAAACCCCUGCUAUUCCAUGGGUGACAGAAAAGCUUUGGUUACUAAGGUGAAAGGAAGAUGUAAACCUUUAUAUUCAUGGCUUCAAGCAUAAACCAGCCACUAGUGUAUAUAGGAUAAGUUUGACAGUGCAUGAAACAAACAGGACUGUAGGUUUUAAAUGGCAUCCAACUUUCUUGCAUGCACAUCUGACACCACGCCAGCAGCUUAUGUCUUGCAAAUAAGUAGGGAACCUGCCAAGGCUUGGCACUUCCUCUGUCCAAUGGACAGCACAUCCACUUCCCAGAAACUGAGCCAGGAAGGGAACUGAUCUGGCCAGCCUGUUUGACCAGGUCUGCUCCAGAGGGUCUGGCAGGAGGAGAUACGGGGUGGGGAAGGGAGCUGGUUUUGUUGUCUUUGUUGUGGGGAGAAGGAAGGGGUUUAAAUCUCUGAGCUGUUUUCAGACAGAAGAGAAGCCUCUGGAGCUGCAGACCAAAGGACAGUGGCUUUAGGGAAGGUGGUUACUGGAAUCCUGAUGGAGAGGAUGGGUUGAGGAAACGGUGCUUGGUGGGAGAGAGCUGUAACUUCAGAAGCAGAGCAAAUAGGAGAGAGCUUUUGAAAAUAUAUGUGCAAUACAACAGGUUUGCAGGGACUGGAGCACUGAGGGCAUCCCUGAGUCAGACAGGCUGGGUACAGCUGCAGGCAGCACUCCAGGAAGCCCAGCCAUGGAGCGGUCCCUGGUGGGCAGAGCCUGUCCUCUCUGGGGGACAGGGAGGUCAGGAACAGGGAAAAGAGGGACACUCAGGGUGUGUGGCCAUCAGCAGAGCUCAGUCCCUGGGGGCAGGGACAAUCAGUUGCAUCCAGACAAAGUUGCAGGAGCUGGGCUGAGAUGUGCAGGGGAGUGAGCGCUGUGCCAGGCUGGGGCACGGCUGAGCCCUGCCUGGUGUCACACCAGGGACACCCAGGCAAGAAACAUCCUGCUGGUUACCAAAUGCUUUCUGGGAGAGGAGACUGGGCUUCCCAAGCAGGGCAGGAUGUCUUUACAGUAGAUGUGAAAGUUGGGAUGGGGCACGGUUUGGGUGAGAGAUGUGAACCAAUGUGUUGGAAGCAGGAUGCUGGGAGGGAGGGAGGGAGGGUGGGAAGGUGGGAGGGAAGGGAGCAGAGACUGGGGAAGAGAAGAUGUAUAUAGUGUUGGGUUUUAUUUUUCAUUUCCUUUUGUUCCUUUUUUUUUUUUUAAAGAAAAAAAAAGUUGUUUGAUUUCUAAUGUCUUGAUGUAAACCAAAUAAAAAUGGUUCUGUACAUUCAGAAGUAAAGAACAGCUGAAAGGUGACAAGUAUAAUAAAGAAGCGCUGACCUUCAGGCUACUAUAACCAUUUCCCCAGACUUUUCCCACAGGAUUGGAGGGCAGACCUGUGCCUGUGCCUGCACAGAGGUGCUGGGAUGGUGACCUUGGGGCUGGCUCCCUGAUCCACCUGUGAGUGCAGCACAGAAGAGGUGGGCAGUAGAGGUGGAAGUGAUGCUAUGUAAGUAACUUUUCAGUGUUUGAUCCCACCGCCCCUGAGGGCAGCAGGAGGAGGCUGUGUGCUACAUCCCAGUCUCUUGUGCACAGGGUCUCCUCCCAGAGCCAGCCUGCACCAUGCCUUACUGCAGCUGGAGAGGUAGGGAGGAGGGGAGGAUGGGACCAGCUGUCCCUUGGAUAAAUGGGGCAAUGCAGGUGGAGUAAAAGCAGCGGGAGCCUGAACUGGAAUUGCCUGUCUUGUGUUUAGUGCUUUGGAAAAGCAGAGGGCAGCCUCGCCUCCAUGGGGCAGAAAGUGUGGCUUCUCUGCAGUGGGGCCAAUAAAUGUCCUGUUGUUUGUGUUAUUGAAGCAAGAGCAAAAGGAAAAAAACAAAGCAAACCAACACUUGGUGUGGAAGGCUGAGUCUCAAUCCUCUUAGGAAAGGCCAUUCUUCAGCAGAAAGGCUGGAGUGCAUCAGCAUGGGACAGCUCCAGAGUCCCCAUCAGCCCUUUCUGCUGCUGGCCAGGCCACCAGCACUGGGGGGGAGCCAAGGGCAGGUGCUUUGCUGAAAGGAAACAAUGGGGACUUGUGUGAGCAUGAGCUCUGACGCUGCACUGUGCUCUGCCACAACUGUCCCUUGCUCCCAGAAUCUGGGAGUGUCACCACAGAGACAAAGGACCCACAGCACCCCAAAGCUCCCCAACGGACCCACAGCACCCCAAAGCUCCCCUCCCCAGCUCCAUACCAUGGCUGUCUGCUCCCAUCUAAGACAGCCACACCUUGCCAGUGCCAGGGGCAGAAAGCACUCACUGAAUAAUACUGAAUAUGUGUGUGACAAAGUGAGGAGAGGAACGUGGUGAUAGACCCAUUUAUGAUCCAGGGAUGCACAUUUUAUCAUUUGCACAGGCUGAGCUUGGCAUUUAUGCUGGCAGACUUUUCCCCCAGAAAGGAUGAAACAGUAUAGCGGUGAGUAACGUUAUCUUUUUGAAGGGGAUGAUAAUUUCUCUUCCACUAUGUGUUUUAAACAGUGUUGGUUCGCCUUCUGUGAAACCUAAUGCCUCCCAGCUCUCAGUGCUCUGGUGUGGGGAAGCACCAGAGUUAAUUGUUUCACUUCGUUAGAUGCUGUGUCCACGUUUUUUGGGAGCCUUGCUGGGUGUCUGAUGGACAGUGUCCAGGCAUGAAGACCAAAGAUCUUUCCUUGGCUCUCCCAGCCCUCUGGCCAUGCCUUGCUUUGCUGGAUGUGCCAUCACGUGGCUCAUGGUGCCCAGCCCUGGCACUGAUGAGCCUGCAGGGAGGGUUUGGGGAUCCAUGGGCUGGGAGAAGCCAGGCCAGCAAGGAAGGAAACUGUGCUUGCCUUUAUUGUGAUGCUGGUGGCCCCUGGGGCCUCAGGCAGGGGCAGUGGCCAGGUUUCCAGCAGCAGGAACAGCCUGUCUCAGGUUAGCAGAGCCUUUUCUCUCUGUGGCUGGUCUCUUGCCUGCAGAGCAGGGAGCUGGCACUGCCCCUGCACUGACAGAUGCUCUGCUCCACGCUGGGAUGAACUUGCUUGUCUUGGCUCUGGCUGUAAGGGAGUCCUCUCGUUUCACCUGUAGGGGAUGGUGCCUUUGGCUGGGCUUUUCUCCCUCAGCACCAUCCCCUGGCUGGGCUGGAGCCCUGCAGUGGCCACUCCCAGUGAUGCCAGAGGGUCUCAGUGCAGGGACAAACAGGGAACUCCUGGUGACAAUAUUGUGACACGUCAGCUGGGAGCCCAAGGUGCACCUUGUGAGAGAGCUGGUGAUGCUUUAACCUCUUUUCCCCAGAAACAGUGUCCUGCAGGACCUGAAAAAGCCUGGGGACACUGUGCUGCCUGCCUCAGGGACAGCUGGGGACCCACGGUGGCUGUUCUGGACAGGAACAGGUCUUCUGCUAGUGCAGCUUUUGUUAGAGACCUUUUUUUUUUUUUUGUUAGAUAUCUUGUCACCCCUGUGGCCCUUGAGUGUUGAGGCAGACAGAAGGAAGAUGUGUCCCAGAGCCUCUCACAAGCAGAGACUGGGCACAAAUCCCUGAGUUUCAGCCCCUGCCAAGGCUAGCAAGGUUAGGAAGGGAAUUGGCAACUUUUCCCUCUCCCAUCUCACUUGCACUGAAGCAAGAAAGGGAUGGGCAAAGCAGAGAUUAAACCCACACAGGCCCAGCCCAGCAAAGCCCCAUGUCUUGCUCAAGUCUGAGCACAGGGGAAGACCUGACAACUGCACAUCUCCUUGAAAUCCUGAUUGGACCUGACAGGUUGGGCUGGGGCCAGUGAGCUUGGCAGGUCAAAAGGGAAGAUUCUGAGGGAGCAAACCCCUAGGAAGACUCAGCAGCUGGCACAGAGAAGGGUUUCUGGUAUCUGGGAGGAUGAGCAGCUAGGUGCUAGAGGAGAAAAUGGAAAACCUGGGGAUAAAGGAAAGACUCAGGAGUCACCCAGAAAUAUCCCAACCUCUGGCAGAUACACGUGACCCUGGUGGUAGGGCUGUGGUGGGGUCUGUGGGGUGGGUUGUUUUGCUUUUAUUUUCUUUUUCUACUGCCUGGCACAUCAUAAUAUUGUGUCUUUGUGUGAAAUCACAUCCCCUGCCAAAGGAGAACCCAGUUCCUGGAGGGCAAACACCCUCUCAUGGUGUGCUCACCACGGGGAUGUUGCACCAAAAAAGACACAAAACAAGGCUGGGGCAUCUUCCCAGGAAAAUCUGUUCCAUUUCUGGCUCAUCCUCUCCAGCUGCACCCAUCCAUCUCCCUCCCAAAGACGAAGAAGCUGCAGUGUCUUCUCUGGCUGGGGACAAUUGCUGGGGCCUGAAAUCCAAACAGCUGAACAACGAGAGGGCAGGAGGAUCAAUGUCAGUGUCAAUGUGUGCUAUCAAAGGGACUGCUGUGAACCAUCUUAUCAUACUCUGAGUGGCUGCAUUGCAUCCUGUACAGCGUUAUUAAAAAAAAAAAAAAGAAAGAAAAAAAAAAAGAAAAAAAACCC